CGCGCCACCGUGGAGAGCAGCUGAUAAACAGGCGCUUCACGACGCUGGAAGUUCUUUGUUCGUCUUCAGUUUAGCUCGGAGCGUUUUAACAGCAUGAUGGCUGAUAAGAUGAGCAUGUCUCUGGACGACAUCAUCAAGCUCAACAAGAAAGGAGGCAGCGACCGCGACAGAGGAUCGUCCGGCUCGGGACGAAGUUCAGGUCGGGCCGAGGGAGCAUCGAGGCCGGUGCGGAGCCGACAGAACAACUUCAACCGCGACAGAAACAACAGAUCUACUCCGUACACCAGGCCCAGAGAGUUACCGGACAAAUGGCAGCAUGACAUGUUUGAGGAGCACACCAGUGAACGCAGAGGACAGAGUGCAGGAGCAGAAAGAAGUGGAGAAGCCAGCGGCAAACUGCUGGUUUCCAAUCUGGACUUUGGCGUCUCUGACUCGGAUAUCAAGGAGCUGUUUGCAGAGUUUGGGGCAUUACAGAAAGCAUCUGUCCAUUACGACCGCUCCGGGCGCAGUAAAGGAACCGCAGACGUUCACUUUGAAUCGAAGGCAGACGCACUGAAAGCCAUGAAGCACUAUAACGGCGUCCCACUCGAUGGUCGUCCUAUGAAAAUCCAGCAGGUGACGUCAGAAGUCGACGCACAGAGUAGAGCGUCCUCGCGAAGGUGAGUCGUGGUGGAAAUGGCCGUUCACUCUGAAUGCAC